CGGUAAAUGGUAAAUAAAUGCGGUACAUGUAGCACUGCCGUAGCGCUGUAGCACUUCCCCUUCGUCGACUAGAGCAAGCAGUAUGUCUCUGUCCGCGUGUCGCCAUGCCUUGCGCCAGCGUGGUUCAAUCGUUCUUCUCCGACACAGUAGCACCGCAGCAGCUUCGAAGCGGAAGCCGAUCGCCGUGAUAAAAUCAGCAGCAGGGACAAUCUCCGAUGCUCGCCAUGUGCACAACAGCUCAGCGCGGUGGCAGCAGCAAGCGGCAGCCGGGCAGGGAGAGAAAGGGUGGACUGGAGGCGACGGCGGCGAACGAGGAGGCCAUGCAGGAGCUAGAAUACUCGGCAUUGUAGUAUUCUCGUCCCUAGUAGGAGCUACGGCAUGCCUGGGAACGUGGCAGGCAAUGCGCUACUCGUGGAAGCUGGACUUGAUCGAAAGCAGGAAGGCCAGAAUGGAAUUCGAGCCCGUCGAUCUUCCUGAAGGUCUAGAAGGCGCCACGCUGGCUACGAUGAUGGAUGUCUUGGACAAGGAAGCAGAUGGGAAGGCGUCGAAGGGGCCGAACGGAGAGACUCUGGGGGGGAGUGAGGAGGGAAAGGGUUUGCUGGAGAGUUUGGAGGGCAGGCGGUUGCGGGUGACCGGGGUUUUCGAUCACGGCAAGGAGGUGCUAGUCGGACCCAGAGGAGCUCCACCGGGCAUGAAGGCAACGUCGGGGCCGUCCUCCAUGGCCCCGAGCCCCAUGGGCGACUUCGUCCACACCCCGCUCAAGAGGGGAGACGGCUCCGUGGUGCUCGUAAACAGGGGAUGGGUACCUCGCUCCAAGGGGCCCCAAUGGUCUCGCCCGGAGGGAGAAGUCACUAUGGUUGGCGUCUUGAAGGCCGCGGAGAAGCGGUCCACGUUUUCUCCUGACAACAAGCCCGAGACCCGCCACCUGUUGUGGGCGGAAAAGGCUGCGCUGCUGCAGGCGGCGGGGUUGGGCCAACACGGGGCCGAGGAGGGGGUGCAGUCGGUGCCCAUAUUGAUGGAAGCGGUCGGCGAAGAGGACGGCGACAAGAAGACCAUGCCCAUGGCGAAAAAGCCUAAACACUUUGGGGAUUUCUACGUCACGCCUCAGACUCACCUCAUGUACUCGGCCACUUGGUACGCCCUCGCGGCUGCGGGCUGCGCGCUCACGUGGGCGAGAUUUCGCAGGAGAGGGCCGGCCGCGUUUCCAACGGCCAAGCCUCCGGGAAUUUGAGUGCAUUGCUUUGCGCAGCAGUAUCCAGCGUUCAACUGCAAAGUCUGUUGAGGGUGAUUCAGAGGUAGCAGUCCGUUCUCCCUGAGAUCAUGGAAUUCUUUGAAAGAGUACGUUGAGAGGAACGGCACUCGGUUGGAUCUUCCAGCCAGUGCAUCUCCGAUCAAUUGCGAUUCUGUCAUUUUGUCAUCUUUCCACCCUUCCAGAGAGUAGACACCAAAAUGUUGCGAAUCAUUUUUGUUCCUCUAGUAAGCGCUGAACGAACCUGGCCUUGAGGUAAAAAAAGGAACCAAACAACAACUGUAAGUACCUCUUCGUGCUGACCUUGGUUGCCGAACCAGGCAUUGCAUUUCGGGCGUAGUCAGAGGACCUACGAAAGAGCCUGCGAGGCGCGUGCCCCAUGUCGGGGCGUCGCGUCGCUCUGUUCUGUGCCAAGACUUUCGGCGACUUUUAAGAGGAUUUGGGAACAUGAAAUGGGUACCAGCGAACAGAUAACACCGGUAUUCUAGUGCUUAUUGACUCCAGGCCGGCCUUCUCUUCAUCUCGGGCAGGCGUGCUAAGAUCUGGGUUGUUUUACUACAUUUCCUACACUAGCUCAACGCUAACACCUGGCCCAUCGGGGCACCUCAGGGAUAAUUACAAUACCAAGGAAAUCAGCACGUACAAAACAACAUUUCACCAUUCCGUCCACCUCGCUGGACGAAAUCAGUUCAUUCUAUCCUGUGGAGAUCACCAACAUUCCUUCUCAAGAAGAAGACCUCCACACAGGGAGAGAGGGACGAAAGACAACGAACUGCUGUACAGAUCAUUUAGCGCAGCAAACAAGCAACAACCGCCACCAAAACGUUUAGACUCGAUCAAGUGCGCAGCCGGGAAUCGACCUUGGAAUACAUCUAUGUGUCCAGCAGAUGCAGGAAAACACUCGCCGUGCCAAACAGCAUUGAGUCUGCCCUCGGUGCCAAACCGAUCC